CUUGCGCACUUGCUCGAGCGAACCGGUAAAGUUAGGCGACGACUUUAUUUACAAACGGGCGGACUGUCUCUUGUAGGCUAUUACUUAAAACAAAGUAAAUAAUUAAUUAAUUAAUUUGAGAUGUUUAAAUGCGUAUUUUGUAUGUUUUCAUUGUCCUGACGGCCUUUAAAAAAGCAUGCUCAGAUGUUUUCGCCGAACUCUUCGUAGUCACUUUUGUACGGGAUUCAGAUAUUGCUCUUUGUCGUUAUACUUCAUCGUUUACGCCAAGCACGACGCAUCGCACGCUUUAAAGUAACGUGCUGCCUGUAUAUCAAGACUUCCCGGGCACCUCGAAGUACUCGCUUUGACAGGUCGUUUAGAGGACAUUCCUCGGGAGAGCAGGUUUGCCAGUCAAGCGUCUGUCAUUGUGACCUCAACCUCGUGCUUUAAACCCUAUAAUAAUUUAUUAGAAACCGUGAAUAGUCUUGGGCUCGGCUGGCUGCACAUUAGCUCCGAGGAAGGACAGCACCUGCCUUCCUGUCGAGUUUUAGUGUGGCUUAUGACAGUAAAUGAACCCUUGUGUCUGUUAUCGUUCAAGAUGACAGACAAUAACUCCGCUCCAGUUCAACUAACUCAUGUUUGACCUUUAAGGGAGGUGAACUAUGGAUUAACCUGCAGUGCCUUAGUUUAGAAGAGCAGUACUGUCAUUGUAUCUGACAACAGAUUAUAAUUUCUGAGCUGUUUAAGUGAAAACAGACUAAGAUUCUGAUUAAAAACCGUCUCUGGAUUUAGGUCUUUCUCUUUGGCAUGAGAUUGAAGACUAGAUCUUUGUUAAUGCUUUACAUGUGCGCGGAUGCAGGUGAGGUUUGUGUGACUUUUCUCAGUCGUGUCUAAGGUAAGACUGGACUGAACUUUUUUUUUAGCUGGUUUGGUUAAGAUGGCUUUAGGCCAUCGUUUAGUUUGAAUACAUGACUAAAUUUAUAGUUCUCAUAGUAGAAAGAAUAAGCCUAAAUGCUUAUGUUUAAAUAUUUAACAAUGUAUUUUUAUGAAUUGCGCGGUAUAAAUGCCUGUACAAAGCAAUAUAUUUACUAUUUUUCUAUUAUGCAGUUUAUGUAAAAUGGUAUUAAACAUUAAAAGUAAUUAAUUUGGACAAGAGCAGCAAUGAAUAGCAAUGAGUAGAUGUCAUGGUAGCCACACAAAAAAAAAAAAAAAGUUGUAUGGAGUGUAUUGAAUAUAAAUAUUUCAAGUGAAUAGCCGAACGCGUCAAAUAACAUAGUAAUCCAUUGAAAAGCAGGACUUCGCUGUAGGUUUUUGCCAUUUUACAGUUUUGUACACGAUUGCCGUCCUUCAGGGAACAGCAGAUAUAUGUGUAACAGAACAUACUGAGGGAAAGAAAAUCAAUGGUUGCAGAACAUCAGUAGUUUUCUGCUUUGAUCUUUGGAGAUCAUUUAUUUUUCAACCAGUAGGGUAAUAGUUCAGUUUUGUAAUACCGUACAGAAAUACUGAAGUAUUCACCCGUGUCACAAUCACUUACAGCUGCGAUGUGUUGUGUUAGAUGAUAGGUCUACUGUAGAUCAUUUAAAGCGCAAAUUAUUUAAAUGUGCUACAGUAACUUUUUACUUAUUAUGAAUAUGAAUGAUUUUAUAUGUCGCAAAAGUUGAUACGCAGAGCUCCAAAUCAGGUUGUGGAAUCACACCAGAAGACCACACAGACGCAGGUUUGCAAUCUAGGUCUGAUUUGGAGUCCAGAUUCAGGGACACAAAGAAAAGGCUGUCGAAUUUUACUACUUAAAGCAGUGCAAAAAUGUCAUUUAUACGUGAGCAGUUUUAUAACGAGGCAAUAAGGCCAAAUUUGGCUCGUUUUUCAUCAACGGUCAAAGUGAGAGAUAUCUUGCCUCACCUGUCAUGCCUCACAAUCACUGAUAGGGAAGAGGUUGAAGCAAAGAGAGAAACUUCUGGAAACUUCACUGCUAUGCAGAUACUUCUGGAUAAUCUACGUAGACGCGAAAAAUGGCCUGAUGAGUUCAUCACUGCACUCCGGAACUGUGAACACAGGGAACUAGCUGAUGAGAUGAGCGCCAUUUAUGACAGGAUCAGGGGCAUCACAAAUAAAGCUUCUCCUGCACCCAGAACAGCACCUGCUCCAGCUGUUUCUCACACUUCACCUGGUUCCACAACAACCAAAGAGACGGUUCAUGCAGUCCCAGCAACCGCACCUCCUCUGCUGAUUACACCCUCAGGUGCAGCCCCAGAAAGUUCAACAGUCCCUUCCAACAAUGCAGACCCAGAACCAUCCCCUGCUCCUGUUAAACCUCCAACUUCAAUUCCAGCACCCUCUCCUGAACCAGUUUCCCCACCUGAUGUGGCACCUCCCGUUUUAGCUCCUUCCCAAGCACGUCCCUCUCCCGAAAUCUCAGUUUCUGAAGUGUCUUUACCUGUUCCAACCCUCACUGGGGCAGCUGAGAACAAAACACCUGCUUUAGAUAGUUCUGAUGGCUUGGCUUUAAUGGACCAAACCACUAUUUCCUUAUCAACUGGUGAAGCUCUCCCCUCCAUCUCUAGUGCUCAGACAUUCUCCUCAGACACACCUACUCCUCAAAGCCAAAUAACAAAGCCUAAUACCACCUCCCAGACAUCUCAGAAGUCAAAGAAGACCCAGGUGCCAACAAGAGACAAAUAUAUUGACAUUUCUGAGAGGCUCCCUGUUCAAGACUCUAAUCCCCCAUUGAGAAUGGAAAUGACAUUUCAGGAGCCGGAAGAGAUCUCUGACCCAACUGCAACUGAGGUGGUUCAGCAGAACAACACUGUUGGAUUGCCAGUUUUUAAAAUUGCUCCAACAAAUUUUACCACAACAGCUCAGGCAACAUCUUCUGCACCUGCUGAGGUAGAUAUGCACUCUCCCUCAUCGAUCGACCAGGAAUAUUUCAGCAAGCCUGGUGUUCUUCACCCAUCAGAACCACAGCAGAACAGAGUAGAAAUCUUUCCUGAGGAGCCUUGCUCAGUGGUUUCAGAUGAUUUGGAGAUUAGCAACGCAACAGUCCCUUCCACAGAACCUGAACAGUCUACUAGACUUGCAGACCAGAACUCCGCUUCCUCUUCUUGCCUUGAUUCUGCCACUCAGUCCUUUCAGGAUCCUCCAAACAAUGCUGCUCCCUUGAUCCAUAACCAGCCUGAGGAGGACCACUAUGAAUCUUUCUGUGGGAGUCAUACAGAGGAAAAUGUAAUCCAGUUUGCGGAGGAGCCAUCUGCUGAAAAUAUGAAUGGUCAGCCACCAAGCAUGCUGCAACGCAAAGCCAUCUCUGAGGACCAGCAUACCCUGAAUGAUGUUGGCACAGAAAAUACAUUUUAUCUUUCUGAGCCAUCUGGGCAUGACAGUACGAAGUCAACCAGUAUCAACGUUCAAGAGGAAGAAUCCAGUGCUGCUAGGGAAGAGCAGAGAGAAGAGGGGCGCCCACAGUUAUUCAGUAUAAUCAACUUCCACCUUUUUGCUGCUGCAGGGAUUGGUCUUUCUGCUGCUUUCUUGGCCUGGAAGUUCAGCCACAAAUGAAAUUUUUGCCAUCAUGUAGUCUUGUGUUUGCAUGAAAUCCCUAUGAUUUUCUUUUUCAAUGAAACACAUAGGGAUGUUAGUAAAAUUUCCAGGCUGCUCUUUUCCAUAAAUAACAGUGGACAGUAACUGGUGCGGAAGAAAAGGAUCAAACACAACAAAAUUAGUCCCUGGGAGGUUUGUGCUAUAUACCAAGUCUUCUAUAAUCAUUCGAUAGCUUGCUAUGAGCAACUGUCUGAGAUGUUAGCUGUCCAACAUGAUAUCUUGCCACACUCUUUAGUGGUUUUAUCCUUAUGUAUGUAAUCAUGGUUUGCCACGUGCCUUACAUAAAUAUGCCCUGUAUGCCAGGGCCGAUAGGGAAUUUGACAGUUGCGUCUGUUUCACCAAUAAAUGUAUUAUCAUGGAGCUUUAAAGUAAUUUGUAUCACCCAGUUUGAUUGGCAUUACAUUACACAACAAUUAGAUGUAUAUGCGAUUUGUAAAAAGGUUGCAAGAAUACAUCCUUUGUGCUUCAGACCAUGAAUAUAAGGAGCUACUGCAUAACCUAUUGGACAUUUAUGGAAAACUCAUUUUUUUGGAGCGUAUUACUUGGGCUGGACAAUUUCUCCAACUCCUUUCUUAAGGAACUGUUUCUCCCAUAUUUUCUGGGUUGUUGGACCCCUAUAAGAGCAAAAAUCAAAUGUGUUCUAAUGCCUGCUAUAAGAGGUACCUAUAGUGGAGUAACUGUUAAAAUAGAUUAAGCUAAAUGCAAACAUAACCAAGUGGCUCACGGCCGAAGAUCAUAUUGUUAAUAUUGCUUAUAUGUAAGUACUGUAGCUUUAAGUCCAGUGCACAACAGUAAUCUGUAGUUAAAAAAUAUUGUACGCUGUGUUCUACGUAUAUUUUUUAGUUCACACAUUCUCUAAGAUUCAAACUUGUGUCCUUCUGGGUUGAUAGCGGACUGCAGAAACAACACAAGAUUCAUGCUAUUAGCAUCAAGUUAUCUAUGUAAGGGUAAACUGCUACAUGAACACUGUAAAUGACUGAAUGAAUUACUUGCCCACUUUAAAUGUAAUUCAUGUGUCAUUUUUAAUCAGCAACUGCACUUUAUCCACACUUUUUGAUGUGAAAUGAUUUAACCUGAUUUUAAUUGCACUUUGUGUGUUAAUCCUGAUCCUUUAAGUAUUUUAUCUGGGCCUGUGUUUGCUACAUACUGUAUUUCAGGGGAAUAUUUAUACUGGCGCUAAACAGUUUUGCUUUCUUGUACUGCUCCGUCUUGAUCAUUCACAGUCCAUAAUGGUUUCCAGGAAUGUUUCAGAAAUAAAAUGUCCUACCUUGAG